AUGAGCGCGGUUUGCAACGCCUCGAUGCCGCGUUCCGUGCCCGGCGGCGGUGCACGCAACCGAUGCGUCUACUGGUGGACAGACGAGAUCACGGUAAUCCGAAGAGGAUGCGUUCGGGCCCACAGAAGGCUCCAAUGGGGUUGGCGCAGGCGGAUACGCGACGAAGAAGAGAUCUCCCGCUACUACAAGAACUACAGGGAGAAGAGAGGCGCUGUUCAGCGGAUGAUUAAGAGAAAGCUGCGACUGCCGCACCCACCCCCCAUUGAUCGCAAACAUGGAUCCGGUGUUGCUCGCCAAAGUCAUCGGGACUUUGUUCCCACGGCAGCGAGACGACAACAACAACGACGACGCGGGGUGGACACCAUUCUCCCGCUCCGGCGAGACCACGGUGUGAAGCGAAGAGCUGCGAGUCACACAAGAGGAGCUCUUCGCAGCAACAAAGUGGACGGCAUCCCGCGGCGACGUAGCACCGGGUCCGGACGGAAUCCCAGGCCGGGUUUGGGCGGAGUCUAUGAACACCUUGGCUUCCCGCCUGCGAAGAAUGUACACCAGAUGCUUGAGGAAAGGAGCUUACCGCCGCGCAUGGCGGACAGCGAGGUUGGUUCUGCUGCGGAAGGAGGGUCGCCUGUCGGAACGCCCUCCGCGUACAGGCCGGUGUGCCUUCUGGACGAGAUGGGCAAACUAUUCGAAAGAAUAAUCGCCGCCCGACUGGAGGCCCACAUGACGGAACGCGUACCUGGGUGGCGCGACAGCCAGUUUGAAUUUCAUCGAGGCCGAUCGAUGGUGGACACAGUAAAGCGGGUGAGAUCCACGACGGAAGCCGUGGUCUCCCGGAAACGAGUGGCGCUAGCGGUAUCCCUGGACGUCACAAACGCCUUCAAUAUCAUACCCUGGGGCGAGAUAGUAGAGGCGCUGGAGCGUUUCAGGGUGCCGCCGUACCUAGUGCGCCUCAUCCAGUCGUACCUGAACGACCGAUGGACCGCGUACACCGGCAGGAACGGAGAGGAGGUCGAGCGCGGUGUUCCGCAGGGUUCGGAUUGGGACCCAUCUUGUGGAUCACGGUCUACGAUUCGGUCCUUCGAUGCCCCAUGCUCCCGGGCACGGACAUGGUAUGCUACGGAGAUGACACCUUGGUCCUGGCCGGGAGACGCGGAUGGUAGGAGACACAGAGGCUCGCGGAGACCGCCGUGA